AUGGAGCCUUCAAACAGGAUUGGUGGCCAUUGGGGAUCCAACUGUAGUCGUUCCCUCUGCCUCGUGGAUCAACCUGAAGCUCCAGCUGUGGCUCGCGUUGGGGAAAGAUUGCCCACAAACAGCCGGAUUUCGUGCCUUUCGUCCUCACUCCUCAAGCCAAUCCCUCCUCUCCCCGAGAGAGACCCCUCCAGCCAUAUCAACACUCGCUCGUUUAUCCUCCGUGGUCACCGCCACCUGCUGUUCCUGCCCACGAUGGUCGCGUUACCUUUCGCCUUCCUUUUCUUAUGCCUCGCUCAUUCGCCUGCCUCACUCGCCUAUAAUACCCUGUAUAAGCGUAUGGACAGUGAGGCUGCCCGCUUCGCUGCGACUGCCUCGCGUGACAGCAGUGUAGGCUCUCGCGGGGUCCAUCCAGGCCCGGAUCUCCGCCAGGCUCCAGUAGAUGCUCCCCAACCUACUGCGAUGGUAGAUCAAAGGAGAUCCGGCGGCCUCUGGCUCCCUGAUCCCCGGGUCUUCUCUUACGUCGGCCAGCUUCACAGCGACAUGUUCCAAACCGAUGCCGAGCUAAUACCGGGCGACAUUGCGAGCGACAUCGAGAAUUUUCUUACUCACGACGUGCCUAUUCACGAGGAACACAUCGGGGAUUUCAGUGAAUUGAUCACCGACAUGGUAAUCCCUGUUACGACGCCCACCGAGGACCGCACAGCUCAUCUUGCGCGUCUGGCCAAUCGAUUGGCUCACUUCAACAAGGAUGACCUGCAAGCUUCUCGCAAAGCUAUCCGCUCAUACAGUGAUCCACUCGUAAACACUUUGGCUGGUUUAUAUGGAAUUUUGGGCCCACAAAAUGUCCUCAAAACCCAAUUAACCAAGAUGGUUGAGGGUGAAGCCUUCGCCAGAGGAUUGCCCGACACGUUUGACGCACGUCGGUUUGUCACCGAGCUCAUAGAACUUCAGCCGCAACUCGCUGAGCUGGCCAAAUACUUGCGCCUGCCCGAGGACACUCGAGCCCAGUCGCCAGCCCCCCACGAGGCAGUCACCGCGAUAAAGAAUUUUGGAGAAAAACAGGAUGCGAUUUUCGGGAGCCGGCGUGACUUCCAAAGCUUUGUGGCAGGGAUUACCGAAUUGGAGUUUUACAAAGCUUUUCAAACCGAACUCGAGUCGCCCAACGACCAAGCCGGUUACGAACUUCAGCUCGUCCAACUGCCAGAUGACAUGCAGGAAUUGCGACACAUUUUCCAAUUGCCUUCCAAAGAUAAAUUUUACACUCACACUAGCCAUGUCCAACGAUGGGCCUCACGCAGCAUUGCGGAGAGUUUGGAGAUCGCGUACCGAGCCUCACAACUCAAUAAAACCCGUUUAUCAAAAUUGAAGGAUUAUAGCCGCAAUCCCAGGAAGUUCGACCGGAGAGUAGGCCGCCACCGAUGA